AUGAUCACUUUUGUUGAUGAUGACCCUCUCACCACUCAUAUGUCUUUUGAAAGCCCACCAGAAGUGCUCAUGUCUGUCUUUCUGCUACCUCAAAUAAGAGCUGGCCUUGCGCAAGCUCUUUUAAUAGCUUUGACUAUUACAUCAUUACCUUCCACUGUGAACCUUGAUUCAUCCGAUCAUACUACAUCUUUCCACUGGUCAAAGCUUUCUGUUAAGGCUGGCUUAUGGGAUGUGAUAUAUGAUCCAAAGCCCAAACAUUUGAGACAGACAAUUGCUGCUGCUGCUGCUGCUGUUGUUGUUGUUGUUGCUGUUUUUUUACAGACAAGUAUUUUCCUUUUCUUUAAAGAGCCUCUCACUUUAGAAUAUGAGGCAAGUCUUUUGAACCCCUUUUCCAUGCUCUGUAAAUCUCAUUUAAUUCACUCUCUUAAUGAUGUACUGGACAUUGGACAGGCUCAUGUCAACAGCCGAUGA